CAGCGUUUUGUACCUUUGCCCCUUGUACACUGUAAUGGGAGAUGACUGAUAACAUUUGGAGCACCUAAAAGCAGCUUUCAAGAUUAUACUUAAAGAAGUCUGAUGUUCAUUUUAUGAAUUACAUGAAAACCUUUUCACCCAAGCUAGCUAGUGCUAGUUUCCAGCUGUACCUUAGCGUUUGCAUGCAAAGUUUAGACAGGAUCUCUUGUUUCAGUCCAUCUACCCCCUUUUGUAAAAACAUUUUCACUCCUGGCUACAACCCCCAGCAAGAAAAGGGUAAUUAUCAAAAUGCAAAACAAAAGCCUACAAACCCAGUGGGUAAGUUUACACUGCACAAGAGGCAGCUAGCUCAAAGUUCACAUUAUAAUGAACUAGUUCAGAUUGCAUGACUACAUGUUGUUUAAUGAAAGGAGAGCACAGGGGUGUGCUGGAGUUUGAGUCUGAGAAGCCACCGACCGCCUAGCACUAUUUGGCACGAUCUCCCUGUGCUAGCAUGGGUUCUCCCAGGUACUCAGGCUUCCUCCCAGAAUUCAAAUACAUGCAUGUGAUAAACAACCUCUUUUUGUGGCACUUUUUUUAGAUUCACUUCACAGGAGGUUGAGCUGCAGAUGCCAAAAAUGAGAACAUGACCAGGAUGAGUCUAUCACUGACUGACAGACAAAGUUAGAGAGGCAAGGUUGAGAUGGUUGGCACAGAUGAUGUGCAAAUGAAGAAUAGUGGAUAGUUUAGACGAAGAAUUUGCUCUUUGCUUAGUACCUCUUUCAUUCUUUUGUUCUAAAAGGCCUUAAAAUGUCUUUGUCCUUACCUCCAUGCUAAAAAGCAAAAAAAAGAAGAAAGUUGGGGAAUCUAUGCAAGAGGUAAAUGUCAGUCUAUAGUUCAUGGAAAGGUCUCAUUCCUCCCAAAUGUGGACAUUUUACCUUGAAUUCUUGCAGGGGUUUGGAUUUAUUAGGGUGACCCAAACAAGUUUAACAAUGUUAUUUGCAGACACAUGUGAACUUUGGCCUGAUUUCUGUCUUUUUACGUCAAAAGCUCAUUUUACAAGAACCCAGACUACGUGAAUAUUUGCACUGAGUAACUUGUUUGACUUGCAGUCAAGGUUAUGGCUUUUUAUGCAUCAUUCCCGACGAAAAGUUGUUUGUUGUGUGUUUUGUAGUCUUUAAAUUGUGUAACAGUUCAACGAAAUGCGUUUUGGACCAGCUCACCAAGCUUUAGUUUAUCAUGGAUUGCUUUGGAUGCUUGACAGAGAAGAGUUUACUCAUCAGUGUUUGUGCUGCUUGUAAGAACAGAAAAAAACAACUCAUGUAAACAGCGCGGAGGUCCUUUUAAACUUUUGAGUUGCUUUUGCUUUUUAUAUUUUUAUGCUGCUGGUAAUAAAAUCUGUGAUAUUAUUUAGCAGUUCUUUGUUGGCUAUGUUUACUGUUUUUUGGUAAGUGAAAUGUGCAGGCUUUUCCCACCAGUGACACGCGUAUGUGGGUGAAAGUUGAACGCUGCUCGGUUAGAUAAAUUGCGAGUAGUCAUCAGAAGAUCAUAGUUCAUGGCUACCCUAGUGGAAUAUCUAGGUUAUUCGUAUGAUCUAAAGUCCAGUAUCUAUUUCACUACAAAAACAGCACAGAGUGAGAAAGACUUUGGUUACUGUACACAACAAUGGACCUGCUGGCUCCUCUUUGCACUGAAGAGUUUGAGCAUAUGUGACUCUUGUCACAGGUAUAUGGUGAGCUGAGGGCACAUGGAUGUAUAACCACGAGUUUAUAUUUCUAGAAAAUGAUGAUAUUGUUUAACAUUACAUAAAAUUGCAUGGAAAUAACUCGUCAGAUCAUUACACUUUAUAUAACAACAACCUGGAUUACUGGUGAUCAAUGGGCAGUUUAAUCAGUUCACAGAUAAAAGUGGCAUUUGUUGAUGCAAAUGAUCUGUCACUUUUGAGCCACACAGACCUUGACCUUAGUUUCAUUCCACUUUCAGCUAAUUUGCAGCAGCUAUCAGAAAGUAAACACACGGACAACGCAGCAUUCGGCAGGUUUGUGAGACUGGUUCAUCGGCAGGUGAAGCUAAAGCUUGCACAAUGACAGACUCUUGAUCUGAUCAGUUAUCCAUACCAUACUUGUCAUACUAUGUGAAUUUAAAAGUUGCCUCUGUGAAUGGGAAUGGUAUUUGAGAACUGGUUGCAAGCUAAAAAGAUUCUGGAAAUAACAGGAUUCUGGAUUCUCUGUUCCUUUUAUUAGUGCUGGUGUGUUUUUCUGACAGUCUCACGUCACAAAACAAUGAUGUGAAACUCCGAGCAGUGGAGCUUUUGUACAACCCAGAUUCUUGGAAGCCUUUAUUCUUCUGUGUUUCCACGCUGUUUUUAACUCAGAGAUAAUGAAGCUGCAUUGACCCUGAAAACCCAUGUAGACUUACAUUUUUUCAGGAAUCAAUAAGGAAAUCAAUAAAGAAUUUGACCUGUAAGCAGAAUCUGCAGUGGCAUUUCUAUACAAAAAUCUUAUUGAUAUCCUCUCUUAGAUGAGACGCACCUCGUUCUCAGUAGACUCCUCUAAAGCAAAGCUGCAUUGUUGUACCUCAGGAGCCAAAUCAUUAAUCAGUAUCAUGGUAGCAUUGAGAAGAACAAAAGCAGUAAUGUGAUCAGGCAGCAUCAGUCUGUUUUUCUUUGCUGCUUUCCACCAGUGACCAGUCACUCCACUCUUACUGUCACCUUACCUUACUGGCCUUAUAAAUUUUUCAGCAAGCCAUUGAAAGUUAUGCAGAUUAACUAGCACACUACUUACCUUGCAUCUCUGUGGGUUUGCAGCAUCUCUAGAAGUACUUUCCAGUCUAUGAUGAAAACAAGGAUCAUGGAUUAAAUUAUUCAUUUCUUCCUUCCACAGUCUGGAAUAGAGUUGGGAUUGAUGUUCAUCUGGUUGUUACUUCAAUGGUGGACAUAUUAACAAUGCAGCAAACUUGCAAAUGCAUGGGGUUAGCUUCUCUGCGGUGGCUGUUUGCUUCUGUGCUGCUAACUGUGACUCGUGGAAACAACUUCAGUGGACAUAACCAGGAGAGACCACGCUGUCAGCCAGGUUUCUACUGCCCACUGGGGAGCCCUGCUCCAGUCCCCUGUCCUAAAGGAACAUAUGGUCCACAUGCUGGAGCUGUGUCCAUGGACAGCUGUCUGAAGUGUCCUGCCCAUCACUACUGCCCUAGACCCGGCUUGUAUUCCCCACUUUCCUGUGGUCCAGUGGCUCAGCAGCCUGUGCCUGGCCAGGACAAUUGCAUCUGUCCAGAAGAGGGACAGAGUUUUCAGGCCAGUGAUGGACGUUGCCACUGCACCAUCGGCUAUCAAACCACCGGAAAUGGAGACAAAUGUGUACAACAACAGUACGAUGUCUGCAGAGACAGAAAAACUCGCACACAGUAUGGAGACUGCCUGGACAGACACCAGUGGUCAUUUCACUGUAGUCAGCAGGUGUGCCAUACUGCAGAGGACUACCGGGGUUUUGAUGGGGAGCUGGGCCUGUGUAUUUGUAGAGAGCCUCCUGGAAGAGCUGCAUGUGGAGGCCUUUGCAGGAGCAGGCCAGCUGCUGAACUGAAGCUCCAGUGCGAGACCAAUGGGGAAAUGGGACUGGUGUGGAGCUAUGACAAUCAGGUGUCGAGCAUCUCUGGCAGUGUGCUAGAGACAAUUUUUAAACAGUGGGACUCCCAAGGGAACCUGCAGUGCAGCAGCCAGAUCCAGUCAUCACGUCCUGUCUACAUUGUUCAAACAACAGAUGCAGGCUUCCUUGGCCUCCUCAGCGGCCUCCCAAAGGAACUUGAGCGACUGUUUCCUGACACCGCUCAACAGGAUUCUCAGAGCUCAGCUGGGAAACAUUAUGUCAGUAUUAGAAACAUCAGUCAUGGAGACACAGAAAUGGAGAGAGGAGAUAAGGCUGAUAUUAAUGGAAAAGGAAGAAGGCCAAGCAUAAGUGGCGUUUUGAACCCGACAGCAUGUCUCCAUUUGGGUGAUGUAAUACUCUUCACUGUCAGCCCACGUCACUAUCCCCAGUAUGACAUUGACAACUUGUACAACACAAACACUGACUUUGACUGGGGCGCAUUCAGACAGUUAAAAGAAGAGCUGACAUUGUCAUGGACUCCUCCUAGCUGCUUUGCUGUGGUCUUUAGCCAGCCGGGAGUAUAUGUCUUUACACCGAGCAGCCAUCAGCACAAACAUUUGUAUGUACGAGUGAUGCCUGCGGGUGGCCAGUGCUAUGAGCCUGGCUUUUUCUUCCCUACCAUCCCACAUCACGUGACCAGGUUGGGAAUCAGUAGGAGACGCAACCUGUUACUCCGGCCAGACUGGCUGGUGACCGUAGGAAUAAUGUUUGGAGCUGUGGUCAUCCUCUGUUUAUGUGUGACAAUGCUGAUCCUGUUUCGUGAAUAUGGAUGGCCAGAGAAGGAGCCAAUCAAAGCACGGUACCGCUCGCUGCAGCUGGCCUACCAAAUGGAUGACUACUCAUCAAAAGGUUCAAGGGUGAUCUCACAGAGAAAGACUCAUCGAAACCAACAAUCGAGAACAACUCAAGGCUCCAUUCAGCCAGCCUCCACAGACGCCUCGGAGGAGUUCUGGGAUUAUGAACACCAGGUGGAUCUGGAGGCAUUCAACAGCAACACCUUUUACAGCCUCCUGCUCAAGCAGAGCCUGUCUGUCACUACACGACUGGGACAGCUCACCACUGAGGUAAAAGAGCUAUACCAAGGAGUGCUUGGGAAACUGCAAAUACUCCAUCCGCGUAUGAUCGCUGAGGAAAAGCCGGGGGAAGGUUAUGCGAUGUUGAGGAGGGAGAUUGAACGAGAGGUGGUGCGACGAAAAUCUUUGGCCUCACAGCUGAGGACACUACUUGACAGUCAGCUGAAGGUUCUGAGGCGAGAGCAGCAGGCCCAGUGGAGGAUCCACAGUGUGUUCACAUCUCGGCUCAGAGAGUGCACCAGACUACUGUCUAAGCUUUAUAGUAACAACCAGACUUCCACUGAACUGUUCCAACAAAUUUUGAUCCAGAGGUUAACAUCACUGGUCGAUGAGAUGGGAGAUCUACUGUCGGCAGAGUGCCACCGUCAGGGGUCUUGGGGCUUGUUGGGCGAAGGUAUAGGAGCCAAACUGUUGUGCCCUGAUACUGGAACUGUCCUUACCAAAGAUGACAUCUUUGAUCCUGAUGGGUCCGUCCGUGUCUCUGGGGCUGUUUAUUGUGAUUCAGUCACAGGCCUCAUAAGGCCAAAUGCUCACAGCCAUGUGCUGCUGAGCAGCGGCCACACGAUGGCAGUGCCGCCUAAUUUCUUUGUUCAUCCACACACCGGUAGAGUUCUGCCCAUUGCUGGAAACGUGGCCUAUGAUCCUGCCAGCUCUACAUUAGUUUGCACAGCUGACCAUUGUACAGAUGACAACAGGAAGUGGGAUAGUCCUCUCCUUCCUUUCAUUCCUUACCCGACCUCCUGCCACUCAGACCAGCCUCUCCCCAGCACUCACCUCAGAGGCCUCCGACCAGGCCAGAGACUGCAGCUGGGGAUUCCCAUGGCAGACCCUGACAAAGGGGUCCCAGUACCUAUUCUGGCAGUAACCAUUCACCCCCAAACUGGGUUAGUCUACACUCUGGGAAGAAUCCAUGUCUGCCCUCUCACCCGCUUACCACAGCCUAUACAGAUUGGUUAUCCUAUGCUGGACUCCAGGACAGGGAACAUUGUGCUCACCGUCGGGGUGAGCUUGGAUCCAAUCACAGGAGAUGUGCUGCCAGUAGGUGGAGUCCUGCUGGGUGAGCCCUUUGUUGAACCACUGAGUGGGCAGAUGGUGAGAGUUGGAGGGGCAACCAUACGGGCUGGACAACUAGUGCCCCAUGCAGGAGGAUAUCAAACUUUAUUAGAAAGCAAGGUUCUGGCAGCAUUGUUCAAAGUACUGAAUGUGCUGAAGCCACUAACUGAAGAGUGGGGUUCAGAUCAAAGUUUGCAACAUGUGCAGUCCCAACCUGGCAGUGACAGAGGGAGUAGUCAACAAGAUCAUCUUCUCACUGCAGCCAAAGAGCUCCAGCAGGCCUGGGGGAGGAGUUUGCACUGUCAACUACAGCUGCAGACCAGGUUGGAGAUCCUGCAGGAGUGGUCCAUGGGUCUGCAGCAGGAUGGAGGGACUCUGGGAGAGAUGCCUCUGCCAGGUUCAGAUAUAUGUGUACCGGCUUUGCUAGGGGUGGAGUAUCCUGAUCCUUUAGGAUCUGGCCUUAGUGUACCGAUCCUGGGAUUUCAGACUGAUCUUGUUUCUGGGAAAACAAUACCCCUGGCAGGGACCAUGGAGGACCCAAAUGGAAAAGGACUGGUGGCGAUCCGUUAUGGAUCUCAGACUGUUGACCCAGUGACAGGGCUGUUGGCCCCAGUCGUCGGGGCAAGGCUGGAUGCGUCUAGAAAAAAUGUUGUGCCAGUUACAUCUUCCUACUGGUUAAUGAUUAGAGAGCAAACUGACAGUGUGCAGGUGGAGGCACUUCAAAGAGAGGUGUGUGUGCGAAACGGUUACUGGCAGCAGCAGAGGCAGCGGGAGGAAGAUAUUCUAACUGAUCUGGACUCGACUCUGUCCCAGUGUUUCUUUAGAGUCACAGACGUAAACUCUUAUCAGGCCCAGUGGUCUGGGAAGCAGCUGAGGGAAGCAGCCAUGGAGCUGCAGGAUUCAGCACAGACAGAGGCCCAGAGGAGAGCAGCUCAGCACUCCCGCUUGGCUCUGAUCCUGCCUCCACUUGUUCUGCACAUCCUCACGUUAGGUGAUGAGGAGGAAUGGGAUCAGCAGUGUGUUUGGCAUUCAGAGCUCCUCUCUGGCCUUGAUAAAUUGGACAUGUAUAUGGAUCAGCUGCAGGAGGAACAGGAAAAAUGGAUGGCACAGGCAGGAGAUUGGUCUACAAACCAUUAUGCUACAGACAGAGAGCUGAGACAGAGAGAGCUGGUGGAGCAGUGUUGUUCCAGACAGACUGAAUUGGAGGCCGCUCUUAAUCCACUUCACUUUGUCAGACACCUGUCGCUGCUCCGUGCAGACACUGCUCAGGCUGUACUGUGUGGGAAGUUUUGGUUCAAGGAAUAUGGCCUGGUGCAGUACAGUGGAUACCAACCGAAUGUGAAGAUCAUGGGUUUGCUUCAGCAGAAGGCUUUGCCUCUGCUCGAGAGACUGAACCAGUUCCUUGAAGAAAAACAGCCAGCUGGAUUCUCCUCCAACACAUGCAAUCAGCACAUCUCUGGUUUGUCAACAAAGCAGGCAUAUGGUUUGGAGAGUGCAUCUAGAGUCUGGACAGCCUCCGUGCCGGUCGUGAAAGGAAUCUCAACCCAGUCUUUCAGGGAGACUGGGAACAUUGCUCAAUCUCAGGACACCGGGCUACAAGCCAGCUCGGCAGUGACACACAACUCGCAGAGACAAACUGGAUCUUCUGGCAUUCACUCCCAGGAGAGCCAGCAUAUGAAAGAAUCCACUCAGUCGACACACAUCACUGUUCCCAAAGUUCCAGAGGAGGAGUGGACAAGGCUGCUGGAGCUCUCUCCUCUGUUCCAGCUGUUGAAGGGUGUGGAGCUGCAGCUAAAGGGUUGGGCCUCCAAGGCAGGGCUUCUUGCAGGAGAGCUAGCGAACAGAGGCAAAGGUUUUGUCGAUGUCCUCGAUGCUCAGUGGCAAUGUGAAGGUGAGCUGAUUCCUUUGGAGCUGUCAGUCCUGAAGCCCAGAGAGUUUCUUGUCUAUCAGCAUGGACUGUUCCUGAUGCACACUCUGCAUAAGCUAAAACUGACUCCAGUCAUUUCAAUCGAGAUAGCAUCUAGUCUCCCAAACAACACCUAUUUCAACAAUGUCUUCAGAAAUUCCUUCUUUUAUCAGGAAGCCGCAGAAACUCUCUUUGUCCGUCGCCAGAGGUUGCUCUCAGUUGGAGGCUUCUCUCUCCUGCUACUCCAUUGUCUGUCCCAUAUCAAAAUUAAAGACAUGAGCUCUGACUCCAGUUCUGCCUUCCAGAGACUUUUUUUCAAGGUACUCCAGGAAUGUCUGGGUGAGCUCUUUCAGGCUAGACUGGGUGCCUCUUCAUCUGAACAGGAUGCCAGUUUGUGUGUUUGGUAUCAGAACCAAGAUGCUUCAACAAGGAACAUGAAUGAGACUCAUGCUGCCUCACUGCUUCAGAGACUUCACAAACCAAGCAGAGGAUUGCUCUCUGAAGAUGAAAUUGAGAAACUUCAGAGGAAGCACAGAGAAACAUCUUUAUUCUCUCAUCUUGAAGAACUUCUGAGAGAGAAGAGUUCUGAAGCCACAGAAAAAGCUGAAGACCAGCCUGGUUGAACAUAGUG